AUGCCGAAUAUCAAGAUUUUCAGCGGUAGCUCCCACCAGGACUUAUCUCAGAAGAUUGCCGACCGCCUGGGCCUGGAGCUUGGCAAGGUGGUGACGAAGAAAUUCAGCAACCAGGAGACAUGUGUGGAGAUCGGCGAGAGCGUGCGGGGAGAGGACGUGUACAUCGUCCAGAGCGGCUGCGGAGAGAUCAACGACAGUCUCAUGGAGCUCCUGAUCAUGAUCAACGCCUGCAAGAUCGCCUCAGCCAACCGAGUGACCGCUGUCAUCCCCUGCUUCCCUUACGCCCGGCAGGACAAGAAGGACAAGAGCCGGGCCCCCAUCUCUGCGAAACUGGUGGCUAACAUGCUGUCCAUCGCCGGCGCCGACCACAUCAUCACCAUGGAUCUGCACGCCUCUCAGAUCCAGGGCUUUUUUGAUAUCCCAGUCGACAAUUUGUACGCGGAGCCAGCUGUCCUCAAGUGGGUGCGGGAGAAUAUUUCCGAAUGGAGGGACUGCACCGUUGUGUCUCCUGAUGCUGGAGGAGCCAAGAGGGUGACCUCCAUUGCCGACCGCCUGAAUGUGGACUUUGCCUUGAUUCACAAAGAACGCAAGAAGGCCAAUGAAGUGGACCGCAUGGUGCUGGUAGGCGACGUGAAGGAUCGGGUGGCCAUCCUUGUGGAUGAUAUGGCUGACACAUGUGGUACCAUCUGCCAUGCAGCUGACAAAUUAGUCUCCGCCGGAGCCACCAGCGUGUAUGCUAUCUUGACUCAUGGAAUCUUUUCUGGCCCAGCCAUCGCUCGUAUCAAUAGUGCAUGCUUUGAAGCAGUUGUGGUCACCAACACCAUACCUCAGGAGGAGAAGAUGAAGCAGUGCUCCAAAAUACAGGUGAUCGACAUCUCUAUGAUCCUUGCAGAAGCCAUCCGGAGAACUCACAAUGGGGAAUCUGUUUCCUACCUGUUCAGCCAUGUUCCUUUGUAA